AGUAGAGCAUCCAUCCAGGGACUACUGAACCAUCAUUUCUUUUUCUCAGCCUCUUUCUUCCAAAUUCUUCCGUCCGUCUGUGCUUUCGGUCAUCAUGGACAUUGCUUAAUCCACUCGCUGCUGUUCAAGAAUUGUCGGGUACCUUAGCUCCCGGUGAAAUACUGAUACGGGAUCAACAUUUAAUUGCCACGGGCAGGAUCGAGCACCGGUGUUCCGCCAUACGACUAGGCUUCUCCCGCUGCGCCGGUCACAGCCUCCCGUCCCUGAACACAUACUCCCAGCGCGGUAGACUUUGGUUGUGUUACUCCUGCACAGCAUUCAUGUCGUGGACCACGGAGCAAGAGUCUUAGUAUGGUCAAAUUAGCCGGCCUUCCUCCGUGGGAUAUAGGAUCACAAUGGCUUCCGAAAGACCAGGACUUAGUCUUUCAGGCUUGCCAGCUGAUAGCAGGCCCAAAAAUCCCGGUACUAUAGCGCCACCCGGUUCCUUAUUGUUGAAGAAGAGAGGAGGAGAGCCAAGCACCGAACGUGCCAGGACACUACCACAGCCCAAGAUGCCUAGUAGGCUACCGCAAUCUUUGCCGCAACGGCGACCCUCCGAUACCCAACCGGAACCCAUUCAGCCUCGGGUUACAGCUGGAAUCAAAAAUUCAAAGGCUUUGGGCAACACCACGUUGAUUACAUCAGCAGCAUCCAGCCGACUACCCGCGCCGACCAUGAAACCUCGAAAUGUGCUGAGGAGGAAGAACUCAGGGCUAUCACAAGAAGUAGUGAACAGCAUCCGCAAAGGCUCCCGAGACGAGACUGGAAACCAUGCCAAAACAAGGUCGUCCUCAUCGUCUUCCAACCCCCGGUCUCAGACCUCAAUCGACUCCUCAGCCAGUUCGCGCUCCGAACUCAACCCAACAAUGAACACGAUGGAAAUCCAAGCAGCUCACCAAGUCGAAGUUGCGGCAGGCGCGCCGCAAGCACCAACAUUAUACCCAGAGCUGGACAGAUAUCGCGACGUCAAAGCGCCAGCCUGCAAUGGAAGCCUCAGCAUUGAGGUGCCGUACCUGCUAACAACUCACGAUCUCCCUCCCCCUACGCCCUUGUUCUCCGGAUCUAGCAGUCAGAUGAGUGGCUUCAGCAGUAGUCCAUGUACAAGAUUCUCCGAGUCACCAGGACCUGGUCCGUAUAGUCGAGACACCACGCCUACGUCCAUGUCCUCUCAGUCCCCUGGUAUGAUGGCGCCUUUACGAUUCCCCGGAGCUGGCGUCAGGAUGAGACAGGUUGACUCGAUCCAAACAAGACCGCCUGUCAGCAGAAGAAGAGGAGGAAGCAUAUCGAAUGAGUUGGAUCUUGUCAGCGCUGACCCUCAGGGUUUACCAUCAGUCAGGGAAUCCUUGACCUCGUCGUCAUCCAACUCGACAGUCCGUGAGCUUGAAAGGAAGGAUUCCAAGAAGAAGAAGCAGUUAUCACCCCUUGCGCCUAGCCCACCACUACGUAUUUCGUCACACAAGUUUACGAAAAGCCACGAUGGGAGUUUAUCCGCACCGAGGCCCUGGCGUGCGCCACCGACCCAGCCAACGGCACCAGCGGCGGCAGCAGCAGCGCAACUUUUACCAAAGCCAGCCUCUUUCUCUCGACCCCGUCCCGCCCAAGCUGGCCAGCAGGCUGCGCCGCCUAGAGGGCAGCCUCCUCGCCGCCCGAGCAGAGAUGGAACUCCGGACCUUCACUCUCAACUAGGUCUGCCCGUGCCCGUUAUUCAGAGUAACUUGACAUCUGCGCCAUCUGAAAAGAGAUCAAGCCGACUUCUGGCACCAACAACCAUCGCCAGGCCUGGCUUGCUCUCAUCAACUUCCGACACGCACAUUCAUCUCCUAAAACCAUCCAUAACCAGAGAGGCAACACCUGCCCCAAAAAUGUCCAGGAUGGGGGAAGAUGCAACUACCAUCAAGGCCGAAUCAGGAAGGACUACUCGUACGCCAAGUCCUGGUGUAUCGACCUUAAGACGCUUCCCCCUUUUCGGACGACGGACAAGGACAACCCAAGAGGUCCCUCAACAGAAGGAUGAGAAAAAGCCGCCCAGGAAGGGUCCUGCCGCGGGAACUGGCCACGAAGGCUAUGGGCGCGUCGGGCCAGCGCGCCGUAGGAGUAACAGUCUUGCAAACACCGGCCUAGCGAUCCCUGGGACGAUGAGCUCGCAAGAGAGCAUCGGGACUAACGAUUCCUUCUUGUUGGAAAGGAUGGCACCUGUCGUUAUUGCAGGCGGCGAAAUCAUUGAAAACAGGAAUGUUGGUUCGGAAAUGAGCCGGACGGAAAGCAGCCAAAGUAUCGCGCGCGAACGACCCAGCGUGGAACCGCAGAACGGCUCGCAAGUCUCUCUUAACUCUAUCCCUCGGAACACACUAUGGCCGUCUGCAUUCCCUCGCGCUGGUCAACAUGCCCAGAGCUCGUCUAUCAGCAGCUGCAGACCCUCUGAAAGUAGUGAGUCUGAGGCCCCAGUCCUCAAAUCGACGUUGGCUUUGCGGAGAUCUAUACAAAGGUUGAAGUCUGGAGAGAAGGAACCCCCGAGGAUUCCGGCUCCUAUCGUCACUCAACCCCAUGUUACGUCUCCCUCGAUUACUAGUAUUGAUGCCAGUGUCCUCGUGACGGACGACUCCAUGCUGGCCCCAUCGAUCGACGCCGCCCAGGGCAUCAAGGCAUCAGAAGGGCCCAAGAACCUUUCUGGACCCAAGCGUCUGAUGAAGCGAGCUCGUUCUCCGCGAAAAUGGAACUUCUUUGGAAGAAAUCACAGUCAACCUGCUCCGGAGACGAAGAAGGUGGACAUCCCAGAGAAUGCAACUCCGGUGGCUGCUGUGGCGGCUACAGUCAAGGUCGUCCAAAACAAGCCGCUAGCAUUCUAUACUAUGAUGGACUCAUCUGAGCAGGAAGAUACCGAUAUCCCGGACUUGGAGGAAGUUCUUCGCGAAGCGAAGAGCCCGGAUUCUCCAACUCACAAGCAAAUCCAUGACUUGCAGAACAAGGAAGCGGAGGAGCGCCGACCUUCCGUGACGCAAGAGAAUGCGCAUUCAAGCUUUUUAACUUCAGAAGCCAGCGCCCAGGUUCCAUCGGUCGUCGAGUUCGAACACAUGUCACCGGUUAAGUUUUCUAAGCUUCCAACGCCUUCGUCGAUGCCUUCAUCCGUUGCAACGCAGGCCGGAAUCACCACCAGUCCUGUACAGGGCCGCCCGAGCCGACUUGCUCAGGUCGGUCGGAUCCCAAAAGUCGUCAGUGCUCGUGCUGAACAAAUAUCACCCAAGAGUUUCUCUCGGCCGUUCCACAGACUUAGUGCUCAAGUCACGCCGUCUAAGAUGGACCUUCGAGAUGCAUAUUCCAUAGCCAAGGGACCUAGUCCGCCCAGGCCAUCGACGCCUGUCCGUGUGGAGCCAGCGACAACCGCUGAAAUGGAGACCCCGACGCUAACUCGAAAUUCGGGAUCGAUGCUUCCAACUUACCCCAGCGAAAUUAGACAAGAGUUUCUCUCAUUUUCACCGAGGAAGGGUUCCCUGUGCACCACCAAUACCACAACUUCUAGCAGCUCCGGAGGAUUCAACUUUGCCGAGGCUACUGCAAUCAUUCCCGAGCCUGAUGCACCAUUGGCCGAGGACGAGAUUUGGGACGAGUAUGAUGACUUGUUUGGGGACGAAAGGUUGAGGCAGCCCCCAUCCACACGAUCGUCUUUCGGGAACCAAUUUCACUUGGAGAAGUAUACGGCGACCCCAACUCGACGCAUCGAACCACCCCUGGAAUCCCCAACUCUUCGCUCUCAAUUCCAAGAACAACAGGUACAAAGUCUUACCCAAAUUAUGCACUCGCAAAGGAUACCCGUCAGUUCUAGCGUCUAUAGUUCCGAUAUGGCUGAGAAGGUGAAGCAACUCCUGGCCGAUCAUCCCAGCCCGAGAUGCUCGUUGGAACCUGACGUGUCCAGAGAGUCAGAGAUGCAGCGGCAGGGUGAGGCUGUGAGCAAGCAGUCGGAACUAGAAAAAGAGGUUGAGACUGAAAAGCAAACCAACAGCCUUCCUGUUGAUGAUUCACGUCGAUCCGACUCGAGUCGUUGCAGUCAAAGUUCGGAGGAUGGCUCGCCGCUUGCCUUGGUUAAUCUACGCGUCGGGUCCAUGACGGUCAGCAAGUGGCUUACCUUUGGGCAUGUGCUCUUCAGUCCGGUCCGAGAUGAGCUGCUCAACGACGUAGGCUCGCUGAAGCGUCCUUCCAUCCUCGUUAUUGACGGUCUUGGCAACGACGACUGGUCUUUCUAUGCAGCCGAGACGUAUCCAGCAGCAACGUUCUUCAACCUUUCGCCUCGUCCGCCUCGUCCAGCUGCUCGCAAUGGCUCAACUGGUCUCCCCCUCAGUCCUCCGAACCACUACCAGGCACAGUACAUGUCACACACUGGCAAGUUUCCUUUCGGCGCAGAGAGUUUUACGGCUGUAGUAUUUCGCUUCCCGGUUGCGGCCCCCGAGGCACAUUAUCGGAAUAUCAUCUCAGAGGCUCGGCGUGUCCUCAAGCCUGGCGGCUACAUUGAGCUUUCGAUCCUGGAUGUCGAUCUGAACAAUAUGGGCAACCACGGGCGUAAGGCUGUCCGCCGCCUGAAGGAACGCAUCCAUGCCAAAUCCCCUGAUGUCAGUCUUGGGUCGACCUCGGAUCUCAUCCUCCGACUACUUGGCAGAAAGGGCUUUGCCGAUCUCAAGACUUGCCGUGUUGGCGUCCCGGUCGUUAGUGUCAUUCCACGAACGCCUGCAAGCGAGAACGGUAAAAGAAGCAAGGCCGCUACCAAGAGCAAGUCUAUGAAGGAUGAACGCAGCCUUCCCGAGAUGAUCAGCGACGGAAGCCCUGUAGCAGAUGAAAGCAUCACCAAGAUGGUGGCGAAGGUGGGACAAUGGUGGUACAGCCAGUGCUAUGAGAGCGCUGCUAGUACCGACAUUGGCCCAGGAACCAUCGGAAGCAUGUGGAAAGACAAAGCACUCCUCGCCGAGUGUGAGGAAUGGGGCACGAGUCUCAAGCUCAUGGUCUGCCACGCCCGAGCUCCUGAUGGGAGACCUCGCCUUGCAAGCAUCUGAUUUUCUUUGUCAUUCUCCCCACCUCACUUACGCUCCUACCCGGCAUGUCUUUCAUUACUCGAUACUCAUGAUAGAAGGAGAAGAUUGAAAAGACAGAAAAGAUGAAAGAGGGCGCGAGCCCAGCUGUGCAACAAUACUGCAUCAUACACGACGAAAGAAGUUGUUCAGCCGGCAUAUCACGACACAUAUUACAUUUUCU